AUGGCUGUGAAUAUUCCACGUAAUGGUAUCGCAACAAUCGGCCAAAUUAAUGCCGCCACGGCGGCCGUUUUCAAUAUGGGCGCCGAUCUGUCCAGCCUCCUCGCAACCGGCGGUGCCCUCGACGGCGGCGACAUUAUAUCCCAGAAGAUGAGCAUUGGAGGCCCGGAUGAUCGAGUGGGUGUCCUCAAUGGCGCACUGAAUAAGUUGCUCGGUACGCCAUCGGGCAUUGCAGGUCACGGCAAAUUCAAUGAGGGCGAUGCUUCUGCCACACGCGAAGACUUCUAUCUGAAUGGCGACAACAUUUCCUUCAAGCCAGAGCUCUUUAAACAAAUGCACCAGCAGGCUAUCGCAAAGGGCAACGGUACCUACAGCGUUGAUGCGAUAAAGGAACACUUCAAGAACCGUUACGCUGCAUCCAAGGCUGCCAACAAGCAAUUCUACUUCAACCUGCCCUCCUCUGCCGUGGUCAUGGGCGCGUACUACUUUAUCCCAGGCUUUUUCUCCAACGGCACCAUCGGCGCUGGUGGAGUCGCGAAUGAGGCUUCUAUCACAAGCUUCUACGGUGCGAAGCCAACUAGGCAGGGUGCAUGGAAAGACCCAGAGCUGACCUAUACACACGUCCCGGAGCGCAUUCCAGAGCAAGGUUGGUACCGUCGUGCGACUCCCAUGACCGUUGUCGAAGCCGUCGGGGGGCAUUCUCGACGUCUAUCUCUACGCAAAGCCUGCGAUGGGCGGCUCCGGUGCCGACCAAUCCUGGGUUCUUGGUCCGCUCGAUAUCCCGAAUAA